AUGCUGUACUGGGGCCUCAUUGGUCUGGGUGCAAUUGUCAAUAUCUGGGGUUCCCGGCUUAUAUCCCUCGUCGAGAGUGCUUCGUUGCUUAUCCACGUCAUCGCAUUUAUAGGUAAUUUCGUGGCGAUUUGGGUUUGUUCGCCAGCGCGGCAUUCAGCAAGCUUUGUUUUCACGUUCUUCCAGAACAAUACAGGUUGGGCGAAUAACGGUGUCCCGUGGUGUAUCGGCAUGCUCUCGAGCUGCUAUGUCUUGGUUGGUGAGUGGGUACGCACGCAUCUAGUCGUAUCAUUAACUGACAAGUUUAUUUUAUCUUGUACAGGAUACGACGGAGCGAUCCACAUGGGAGAGGAGAUGUUGCAUCCAGAGAUGUCUAUACCGCAUUGUAUGCUGGGCUCGAUUGCGAUCAACGGUGUUCUAGGUUUCGCGUUUUUGCUGGCUCUCCUGUUCUGCAUGGGUGACAUGCAAACCGCGCUCAAAAGCAGCACCGGCUUUCCCUUUCUCGAGAUUUUCAAGAAUGCGACGGGAAGUGCUGGCGCGAGCUCCGCCAUGGCGGCCCCCAUUAUUUCCAUUGCAGGACUGGCUGCUGUUCCACUAAUGGCUUCUACUGCGCGCAUGGUAUGGUCGUUAGCCCGCGAUAAGGCUCUUCCCUUCUCCGGAUACCUCUCGAAGGUCAACCCCCGAUCCCAGUUACCUACCCGCGCCGUGCUAGCAACGAGUGUAGUCAUGGUCCUUCUUGGCUUGAUCAAUAUCGGGUCGACGACCGCUUUCAAUGCGAUUAUCUCCUUGGCGGUCUUCGGUCUUCACGUCUCCUACUUGGUGCCGGUGGUCUUCAUGCUGUGGCGUCGCCUUGCGACACCCGAGCUCCUUACAUACGGACCCUGGAAACUGGGACGCUUGGGAAUUGCUACCAACAUCAUCUCCCUGAUCUACCUAACAUAUACCAGUGUGUUUAUGGUAUUCCCGCCCUACCAGCCGGUGACGGCUGUGAACAUGAAUUAUGCCAGUCUGAUCUUCGGGGCGGUACUUAUCUUCAGUGGAGUGUAUUGGGUCUACAAGGGCAGGAAGGUGUAUGAGGGACCGCAAGUUGGACUCCAUGAGAUGUAA